AGGAAGUUUUAAAGCUGGUUCUCUGAACAGCUGAAGAAGAGCACCCUACCUUUUUUUUUGGGGGGGGAGUAGUUCUGCCCCUGCUGUAUGCUGAUUUUCUGAUUUUAAACCAGGAUGAUCAGAAAGCACUUUGCCAAGAGUCUUCAUUCUAUUUCUUUUUUUCUAUCAUUACCAAUAUAUACCUGGAAUUUGAGGUUUGGAUUUUAAUUUGACUUUUAGCCUUUGAAUUUAAGAAAUCAGAAAUAAUAACACAAUCAGAAUACAGAACACCGAAUACUGUAUGCCAAGAAGGAGACCAUGGUCAAGCAAGUUGCAAUAAUUGGAGCUGGUGUGAGUGGCCUGACCUCCAUCAAAGGUUGUUUGGAAGAGGGUCUGGAGCCCACCUGCUUCGAGAGAAGUGAUGACAUUGGGGGAUUGUGGAAGUUUACUGAAACUACUGGACAUGGGAUGACCAAAGUCUACAAAUCUGUAGUGACCAAUAUCACCAAGGAGAUGUCAUGUUAUAGUGACUUCCCCUUCCCGGAAAAUUUUCCCAACUACAUGAAGCACACUCUGGUGAUGGAGUAUCUUCACUCCUAUGCCAAACACUUUGACCUUCUCAAAUACAUUCAUUUAAAGACCACUGUGUGCAGCGUAACAAAGCGCCAAGACUUUACUACCACUGGCCAGUGGGACGUGGUGACAGAGACAGAAGGGAAGAGAGACACAGCUGUCUUUGAUGCAAUAAUGAUCUGUACAGGACAUUAUCUGAAUCCCCACUUGCCUUUGGAGUCUUUUCCUGGAAUCAACAAAUUUCAAGGACAGAUCCUACACAGUCAGGAAUACAGGAGUCCCGAAGGUUUUCAGGGUAAACGGGUCAUUGUGAUUGGUCUUGGGAAUACUGGUGGUGAUAUUGCAGUGGAACUCAGUCGUGUGGCAGAAAAAGUGUUUCUCAGCACUAGAAGUGGUGCCUGGGUCGAUAGCCGUCUUUCUGAUCAUGGCUACCCCUCUCAUAUGAUUCAAACAACAAGAUUUCUUCAUCUGGUUGCACGUUCCCUGCCUUCAGCCAUCAUGAACUGGAUGGGGAAGAGGCGCACGAGUAAAUGGUUUAACCAUAAGAAUUAUGGAUUGAGUAUUCCAAAGGGGCGGCAGCAAAGGAGAGUUGCAAAUGAUGAAUUGCCCAGCUAUAUCCUAUGUGGCGCUGUCACUGUGAAAAUCAACGUGAAGGAAUUUACAGAAACAUCUGCCAUCUUUGAAGAUGGGACUGUGGAGAACAUUGAUGUUGUAUUCUUUGCUACAGGAUACACAUACUCUUUUCCUUUCCUCGAAGAACCUAUGGAAAAAUUCUGUAAAAACAAGAUCUUCAUAUACAAAUAUAUCUUCCCUUCAAACCUGGAGAAGGCAACUCUGGCUCUCAUUGGCCAUGUUGGUUUGCAAGGCUCCAUUAUAGUAGGUACAGAACUCCAGGCCCGCUUGGCCGCAAGAGUAUUCAAAGGACUGUGUAAAAUCCCUCCAUCAAACAAAAUGAUGGCUGAGGCUACCAAGAAGGAACAGCUCAUAAGAAGGGGUGUUAUUAAGGAUCCCACCCAGGUGAAACAGAACUAUAUUACCUAUCUGGAUGACCUUGCUACAUGCAUGGGAGUAAAGCCCAACAUCUUGCUCCUGUUCUUUAAGGAUCCCAGGCUUGCAAAGGAAGUUUUCUUUGGUCCAUGCACAUCUUACCAGUACCGUUUGAUGGGCCCUGGAAAAUGGGAUGGAGCCAGAAAGGCUAUCAUGACUCAGUGGGACCGGACACUCAAGCCCUUACAAACUCGAGUCAUUCCUGAUUAUCCUGAGCCUACUUCAAUAUCACAUUGGCUAAAGGUCUGGGGGGCACCCAUUCUGUUUGUGGCUGUUUUGCUUACUUAUAAAUCCUCACUUCAUCUGCAAUUGACUAGGCUCACAGAAGUAGGGGAGAGAAUUUCUACCUACCUCGCUAACACUAUGAGAAAAUGAAUGUGAUUAGAUCAGUUGGACUAUGAUACUAACAUGAAAUGGUGAUGCACUAGCUAUCAUUCCUUCCCCCAACCAUCUAUUGGAUAAAUUAAUUCAAGUCAGUUAUUAUAAUUAUUAAAUGCUUGCUAAGGGCCAAACACUGUGCUAAGCACUAGAGAUAUACAAAGAAAGGCAAAAAAAAAAGUCACUGUUUUCAAGCUCACAGUGUAAUAGGAGAAACAACAUGCAAACAGCUAUAUACAAACAAGAUACAGACAGGAUAGAUUGGAAGUAAUUAGAUAGAAGGAACCAGUAUUAAGGGGGAUCAUGAAAGUCCUCUUGUAGAAGGUAAGAUUUUAGCUGGGACCUGAAGGAAGCUUAAGAACCUAGAAGCUAGAAGGAGACGAGGAAGGAAAGAGUUCCAGUUAUGGGAGACAGCCGGUUAAAAAUGCAGCAUUAGGAGAUGGAGUGUUGUGUGGGAGAAGCACAAGGAGGCCAGAAACACAAUCAUAGAAUAUGUGGAGAAGAGAAAAAUGUGAAGAGGUCAGGUUAGAAAGGGCUUUAAAAGCCAAAAAAAAAAAAAAGGAUUUAACAUUUCAUCCUAGAGGUAACCAAACCUGAAGAUAAUAAGAUGAAUUUAACAGCUGAGUGGAGAAUGGACUGGAGCACGGGGAGAGACUUGAAGUAGGGAGAACUAGAAAACUAUUGCAAUAGUCCAGGUAUAAGAGGAUAAGGGUCUGCACCAGAGUGGCAGCAGUGUCAGAGAGAAGAGGGCAUAUAAAGGUGCUGUUACAUGAGGGUAGAAUCAGUAGGAUUUGACAAGUGACUAGAUAUGGGGCAACAAAAGAAAGUGAGGCAUCAAGAAUAACCUAUAGUUUGGAAACCUGGCUGACUGGGAAGAUGUUAAAAUCUUCAACAAUAUUAGAAAAGUUGGGGAAAGGAGAGGGUUUGAGGAGAAAGAUAAUGAGUUCAGUUUUGAACAUAUUGAGUUUUAGAUGUCUAUGGGACAUCCAGUUUCUAACCCUUUUAUUUGUCUCAUCACUUCAGUACUAUAUGAACAGCCGAUUAACACCCAAUUCUGGGGGAAAAUAUUAAUAUAAUACAAAAUUAGAUAGCCACUGACUCUGAAAAUCUAGAGAGAAUAUAAGAAUAUUUCCUACUGUUGAGCCUGAGAAUACCUGACAGCUUAAAAAAGCAACUGUCUUGGACUUUUCCCUCUUGGCCCAACUACCAAGAACUGUAUUUUCCUCUCAUGGGUUCACUGUCUAGACCUUAUUUAAUUCUAACCAGUAAGUUAACCAAAGUGUCUUACCUACCUUCAACUCAACUCAAUAAGCAUUUAUUAAAAAUGCUCACUCUAUGCAGUAGACUGUACUAGUGCUGAGGAUAUGAAGAUAAAUACAGAAUACUUGCCAUCUCAAAGGAGCUUAUAUUCUGCUGAGGGGAGAGGAUAUGAUAUGUUGAUGCUAGGGAUAUAGAGAGAAGUAAAUGCAAAGCAAUUGUUUUGGUGAGGAAAGACCACUAACAACUGGUGAAAUUUGAAAGUCUUCAUGUACAAUAUGGUGGAUCCCUGAAAGAAGCUAGGAAUGUCAAGAGGCAAAGGUGAGAGACACAGCAUUCCAGGCAUGAAGGCAGUCUGUGCAAAGCUAUAAAGUUAGGAAAUAGAAUGAUGCAUAUAGAGAAGCACAAGUAGGUCAUUUUGGUGGGGAAAUGGAAUGCAUAAUUGGAAGCAAGGAAUCUGAGUCCCUGGGUUAAGUUUAAGCUCCAAAUCUGAGUCAUUUUUUAUUCCUCCUUCCUUCAUCCUCCUCAUCCUAUCAGUUUUCUAGUCCUAUCAAGUGUUUUUUCCUCUUCACUUCUUCCCAUCUAUCCCUUCUUUUACAUUCCUUUCACCAUCACUGUAAUUCAGGCCCCUCUUAACUCGUGCCUGAACUAUUCCAAAUAUUGAACUGGCUUUCCAGACUUCAAAUUCACUCCAAUCAUCCUACAAACUACUUCUAGAUUAAUGUUCCUAAAGUAUAGAUUUGAUCCUUUCAUUCUCCUACUUAAAAUCUUCAGUGGCUCCCUAAUACCUAACAAAAAAAAUUUACUAUUGCUAAAGGCUCUAUAGAACUGGUGUUAUUAUACCUUUCCAAUUUCACUACUUGCUACAAGUAUCCCACAAUAUUACCAAUCUUGUCUACACUAAUUUUCCUUAAAACAAACUGGUUUAUAGACUUACAAAGAGGAAACCUUAGGAAUCACAACCCUUUUAUUUUAUAGUUGAGGAAAUGGAGGCCUCUGGAGGUUAAGUGACUUGCCUAAGGUCAAAAGGAUAGUUAGUGGCAGAGUUAGGAUCAGAGCUUGGUUCUUCUAGUUUCAAAUCUAAGCCUUACCACUAUGCCUUAGUCCUUUUCCUUUGCCUUUGCCAUUCUUUACACUUUGAAAGCCCUUCCUCUAGCCUCAUCCCUAUUCAUCUCCAACUAAAUUCUACCCUUCUUCAUUCAAAGUCCAUAGGGCAACAAGGCAUAGAGGAAAGAUCACUGGAUUUAGCAUGAGGGUCUGAGUCCUAGCUAUGCUAUUUCCUAGCUGUAACAUUGAGGAAAUCACAAACCUUUGGGUACUUCAGUUUCUUCAUCAGUAAAAUUAGAGGGUUAGAUUACAUGAUCUUUAAGGUCCUACUUUAAACUCUAUGGCUCCGUCCAGGAAGGAUCCUUUCAUCCUCUGGUCUCUUAAAAUAUUUAAAUUGCCCCACCUAUUUAGCACAUGGUUUAUUUACUCUAACUUUUAUUACUUAUAUAUUUUCCCUGUUAGAAAGACUCCUGAAGAGUAGGGAUUUUGUCUUUAGAAACUCUGUAUCUAGGGCAGUGCCUGGAACAUAGUAGCCAUUAAAUAAAUAUUUAUUCAAUAAUGAUUACCUAUAGGUGUUCAUCAGCUUGCAAAUGAACAUAUUUGUCUUUUCUGUUAUUACAUAACUCACUGACACUAUCCCCUUGGCCUUGAGUCUACUAUUGGACCAACCACUGAAAAAAAUGUUGCCAGAGCCAACCUUACAUAUAAGCAAAGUAAGAAUUGUGAUUUACAAGUUGGAGCAGGGGUCACCAGAAGGCCUCCCUGCCUCCAACAUUGGCUUAAUGGGUUUGAAUCUUAGCUCUGCUACUUUUACUACAUGUAGAACCUUCACAUAACUUCCCUAGGCCUCAGUUUUUUUCAUCUAUAAAAUGAGAAGGUUGAACUAGAUCGUUUUUAAAUUCUCUCCCAGUUUUAAAUCAUAAUUAUCCCCAGCAGACUGCUUCAGUAUCUGAAAUUUCAUGAUCAGUGAUUCAUGGUUUUUGGUUUUAUGUUUGGUUUUUUUUUUAAUUAAGGACUUGACAAAUCUAGAGAUUUUUGAAAUCUUGGACUAGAUGAUCUCCAUGGUCCAUUCCAAGAAUCUACCCUCUCAUAACAGUCUGGGUAUUCAGUUUCUUGUCUUUAGAAGGUCAAUGACUGGAAUUUUUUUGAAUCCGUUAUCACAUUCAUCUGUAAUGCAGGCUAAAACUUUAUUUUGGCCAAUGAGAAAUAAUAACUUAGAAAUAACAACUCAUAUUUCUAUUGAGCUUUAAGACUUACCAAGUCCAUUGCCCACAACAACCCUGAGAGGUAGAGAGUGUAAGUUCUAUUACAUCCAUGUUACAGAUGAGGAAAUUUGCUCAGGUUCACAUGAAAUUUCUAAAGAGCAGAGCUUCGAUUCCCAAAUACUGUUACUUCUUAAUAAGGUAAUUUUUCUUCUUAUGUGUUAAUAACAUGAUAAACCAUUUGAUUUAACUCUU